UUUUCUUCUUCUUCUUCUGUUGAGUUUUAUGGUGGUUGGCGUCCCUAAUUGCGCAUUACCGCCACCUACUGGAUUUUAACAGCUUCACAGUUUAAACUAGCCCCGUAAGUCUAUCAGUUGUACUUCCGGGUUGACUGUCAUGGCGGCGCCCUGAAUGGCUACAGAUAUCCCAACACUUUGCAUCAAUAGACAAACAAACCCGUUUAACAGAGCAGACCGCGGCCAUGAAGUUCAAAGAUCUGGUGAGGUGGAACACAAGAGUGUCCGCAGUGUAUGCUGUUGGCAUCUGGACCAUGAUAGGUUCAUACGCGUUCUUCAAAUACACGGGUCGUUAUGAGGACAAGCCCGUGAAAAAAGAAGAAGCGGUGCAAGAGCCAAAAGAUCCAAAUGAAGUUGUCUACCAGACUGCUCACACCAAAACGGUCAUCACCUACAAGAAGGACUUUGUCCCGUACAGCACGAGGAUCUACAAUUUCAUCAAAUCCUUCAGUAGUGAACCUGGGAGUGGAGACAGUGGAAAGUAGCUGCAUCUGUGUAAAGGACAAUGGACAUUAAGAUUUGCUCAUGAGGACUUUGAAUGAUGCACUAUGAAGUUGUGUUUUUGUGCGAGAACAUUAUUAUGGUUUGUGAAGGAAAUUCCAGUGUGGUAUCACCUGCCCAGGUCGGAGGGAGCUGCCAUUGUGUUUGGACGCUAAUGGACAAAAAAAAAAACAAUAUUGAGUAAUAUUCCUGUCAGCUUCAUCCACACUACUGUCCACAAUACAAAGUUGCCACAGCCACUAUGAUGUUUAAAUAAACUCUUGUUUAAACAUA